UGUAGACAGAAAUUGACUACAAAUUGAUAUACAAAUAGCGUUGACAUGAAGUUGGACAUCGAUGGUCUGGACGUGUAUUUCCCGUACGACUACAUAUAUCCGGAACAGUUCGCAUACAUGUGUGAACUGAAGAAAUGUCUGGACGCCAGAGGACACGGCCUUCUGGAGAUGCCUUCGGGCACCGGAAAGACCAUAUCGUUGUUGGACAUCGAUGGUCUGGACGUGUACUUCCCGUACGACUACAUAUAUCCGGAACAGUUCGCAUACAUGUGUGAACUGAAGAAAUGUCUGGACGCCAGAGGACACGGCCUUCUGGAGAUGCCUUCGGGCACCGGAAAGACCAUAUCGUUGUUGGUUUCCCGUACGACUACAUAUAUCCGGAACAGUUCGCAUACAUGUAAAUGUCUGGACGCCAGAGGACACGGCCUUCUGGAGAUGCCUUCGGGCACCGGAAAGACCAUAUCGUUGUUGGCGUUGAUUAUAGCCUAUCAGAGACAGCGACCCAACGAUAUCUCAAAACUCAUAUAUUGCUCGCGAACUGUUCCCGAGAUCGAGAAAGUGGUCCAAGAGUUGAGACAAUUGAACGAAUACUACAAGAAACUGCCGACAAGUGAUGGCAACAAUAACUUUAUCGGUUUGUGUCUGACUUCGAGGAAGAAUCUGUGUAUUCAUCCGAUGGUUAGCAAAGAAAAGGACGGAAAAUCAGUGGACGGGAAGUGCUUUAGUUUAACGGCUUCUCACAGGAGAUUAAUGUCCAAAAAUAGUGAGGAUUCGGACCAAACGAGUCAAUCAAAUCGGUGCUCAUAUUAUGAGGAUUUUGAGGCUAAAGGCCGCGAAGUAUUGCUUCCAAACGGUGUCUACAAUAUUGACGAUCUGAAGAGUUUCGGCCGAACCAAAGGCUUUUGUCCAUAUUUUUUGACUCGUUAUGCCAUCACUUAUGCAAAUGUUGUCACGAUCGGUUCGAUCAAAGAAGUGGACGAAAAGAAACUAAAACAAGAAUAUCAACGAUUAGUCGAAGGACUUCGAGAGGCGACUAUAGCUCGAGAAACGGAUCAAUUCUUAGCUAAUCCUGUUUUGCCCGACGAUAUUCUUCAAGAGGCGAUUCCGGGAAAUAUCCGAAACGCCGAGCAUUUCGUGGCAUUUCUGAAACGACUCGUCGAAUACAUUAAGUCUCGACUUCGUGUCCAACACGUGACUCAAGAAAGUUCGGCCGCUUUUCUCAAAGACAUUGCGACCAAAGUCUGUAUCGAACGAAAACCUCUGAGGUUUUGUGCCGAAAGACUUCGUUCGCUAAUCCGAACUCUGGAAGUGUCUGACAUCACAGACUUCACGCCACUGACCCUUGUGUGCAAUUUCGCCACUUUGGUCAGCACUUACACCAAGGGAUUCACUCUCUUGAUUGAGCCCUUCGACGACCGCACGCCUACCAUCUCUAACCCCAUUCUUCACUUCAGUUGUUUAGACGCUUCCAUUGCCAUCAAACCAGUGUUCGAGAGGUUUCAGUCAGUGAUCAUUACAUCAGGAACUCUAUCGCCAUUAGAAAUGUAUCCAAAAAUUCUGGACUUCAGGCCAGUGUUGGCCGUGUCUUUGAUGAUGACUUUGUCGCGUCAGUGCAUACUUCCGAUGAUUGUGACCAAAGGUAACGAUCAAAUGGCCGUCACAUCAAAGUUCGAGAGUCGAAACGAUAUGUCUGUCAUCAGGAAUUACGGCAACCUUUUGGUCGAGAUGUCGGCCGUAGUUCCCGACGGUUUGGUCUGUUUCUUCACGAGUUAUCUCUAUAUGGAACAGAUUGUGUCCGUUUGGUACGAACAGGGAAUCGUCGACAACAUUCAGAGACAUAAACUGCUAUUCAUUGAGACCCAAGACUCACACGAGACAAGUCUCGCACUUUAUAACUAUGUGAAGGCGUGUGAGAACGGAAGAGGAGCUGUCCUUCUGUCGGUCGCCAGAGGAAAGGUGUCGGAAGGCAUCGACUUUGACCACCAUUUGGGUCGUUGUGUUAUAAUGUUUGGCAUUCCAUAUGUCUUCACGCAAUCACGUAUUUUAAAGGCUCGACUCGAAUACCUUAGAGACCAGUUCCAGAUCAGAGAAAAUGAUUUUCUUACAUUUGACGCCAUGAGACACGCGGCUCAGUGUAUGGGACGCGCCAUCAGAGGCAAGACUGACUACGGAAUCAUGUGUUUCGCUGAUAAGCGAUUUAGUCGAUCGGAUAAACUGACAAAAUUGCCGAAAUGGAUACAGGAAUACCUUAAAGACUCGGUUCUUAAUCUCAGUAUCGAAGAAGCCGUACAAAUAUCCAAACGAUUCCUUAAACAAAUGGCUCAACCAUUCACUCGGGAGGAUCAAUUGGGUAUAUCUUUACUAACUUUGGAUCAGGUAAGUGAUGAAGAGAUGCAGAAGAAGAUUAUGUCUCGCAUCCAAAGUACUUAAUUUGUAUUCAAAUAAUUAUGUAAUAUAUUUAAUCAUUUUCUAAAUUAUUAAAAUUUAAUAAAAGAAAUCUAUUUA